AUACAGCUUUAGUAAAGUUAAGAACUCAUUGUACCUAUAUAUCCUCUCCAUUUACAUUCUUGCUUAAUUAAGAAAAUGGCAGAUGUAGCACUGCAAUUUGUAGUGGAGACCCUGAUGCCUAUUAUAAUUGAAAAUUGGAAGCUAAUUGGUGGUGCAAAAGAAGAUUCUGCACAUCUACUAGGAGAACUUAAUCGCUUAAAGGCCUUCUUACAAGAUGCUGCAAAAUAUCGUCAAAGCAACAGCGAACAGUGGAAAUACUUUAUCAAGGAAGUCCAGGUUAUGGUAUAUAAAGCUGAGGGUCUUAUUGAUAAGCUCCUGGUUAAGGAGAAGCUACACCAAGAUAAAAAUAUACUUAUGCAAAACUUGGAUGCUAAAUAUGCCAAAACCGUUUGGGAUCUUGCAAAAGAGAUUAGAGAUGCCCUUGAACAGGUGAAGAAGAUUCGCGAAGAAAAUCCAGAGGCUUUUCAGGCUAAGCCAAUGCUUGAUGAUCAGCCGGAAAUCGUUGCCCCGGGGCCACAGGAUACUUUGUUAGAAGAAAAUGAAGUUGUGGGCUUUGACGAGGAAGCGAAAAUAGUGAUCGAACGACUUGCUAAAGGAAUCGAUGAUUUAGAUGUUAUCCCUGUGGUGGGUUUGGCUGGACUUGGCAAAACCACACUGGCAAUAAAAAUCUAUAAUGAUCCUAAGAUUUCCUAUGAAUUUUUCAAGACCAUUUGGGUUUAAGUAGGACCACAACAUUACAAACCAAAGGAGGUCUUUCUUAGUAUACUGGAAGAGUUCACGAAACGCACGACAGAAUAUCAAAAUAUGGCUGUCAGUGACUUGACAAACAUAAUACGUGAAUUCAUUUUAAAAGGAGGUAAAUGUCUCAUUGUGUUGGACGAUGUGUGGGCGACAGACGUUGUGGAUUCUGUGAUGAAAGUUUUCCCGGAAAUCAGCAAUGGCCAUCGAAUCAUGUUCACCACUCGUGACUUGCGUAUUGGUAGAUAUGCCAAUCCUGAUCCUCACUCAUUGAAAUUUCUGACGGACAAGGAAAGUUUCCAACUGUUGGAAAAAAGAGUUUUUGGCAGUAAUAUUAGAAAGUGCCCUGAAGAUUUAAUAGCACAUGGAGAAAGUAUUGCUAACCAAUGUAGUGGAUUGCCACUUGCUGUAGUGGUAAUUGCAGGAGCUCUAAAAGGACGUACAAGCGAAAGAGUGUGGCAAAUGGUUAAGGACAAUGUAGGAAAACACCUUAUAAAUAAGGAUGACCCACAAAGCUGCUUGAAAUAUGUUGAAAUGAGUUAUGGUCAUCUGCCCGAAGAUAUGAAGGCGUGCUUCCUGUAUUGUGGCGCCUUUCCACAAGGCUUUGAAAUUCCUGCUUGGAAGUUGAUACGCUUGUGGAUUUCCGAGGGACUUAUAAACUCCAACUUAGAUGGAAGACCCGAGGAUAUAGAAGAGAUUUACUUGAACGAACUUGUCAACAGGAAUUUAGUGAUUGUAAUGCAGAAAAGGGUAGAUGGUCAAGUAAAAACAUGUCGUCUUCAUGACAUGUUGCACCAGUUCUGCAAGAUGGAAAAUGGAGGUCUUUUCAAAGAAGUAUGUGAAAAGACUGAUCAGCCUGGUACUCUUAUUAUACCAGAUCUAGAUACUUCUCGUCGUUUGUGUAUUCAACUCUCUCUUUUGAGAGCUUUUAUAUCCAAAGGACCAUCUGCUGAACAUGUUACGUCUUUCUUAUGUUUUUCCACAAAACAAAAAGAAAGUGAGCAACUGGGCAAUAUCCGACUCCUCCACAAAGCAUUUCCACUAGUUAGGGUCUUGGAUGUUGAAUCCCUCAAAUUUACUUUCUCAAAGGAUUUUCAAGAGCGAUUUCAUUUGAGGUACAUAGCUAUCUCAGGUGACUACAAUGCUCUUCCGGCGUUCUUUGGUAAGUUUUGGAAUUUACAAACUCUUAUUCUUAAUACAAAAGCGUCCACCAUUGAAAUAAAAGCAGACAUAUGGAACAUGCUACGGUUGAGGCAUCUGCACACCAAUGUCCCUGCGAAAUUGCCCCCUGCUACCCAAACAACAGAUGAAUCUUCAUGCCUACAAACUCUGUCUAAAGUUGCACCAGGAAGCUGCAGAGAAGAUGUGCUUGCAAGGGCUUGUAAUCUCAGAAAAGUGAGUAUUCAAGGGGAAAUGGCUGAUUUUCUUGAAAUUAACAAGGGUGGGUUCAACAACUUUCGAAAACUAAAGUGCCUGGAACAAUUGAAGCUGUUGAAUGAUGUUGGCAGCUCCAUGAGCAAAAUUCUUCAACUUCCUCCAGCAUUUGUCGAGUUCCUACGCUAACUGAAGAAAUUAACUUUGUCAAAUACAAAGUUUGUUUGGAGUGAUGCGAAUACACUAGGGCGGUUGGAAUGCCUUCAGGUCCUAAAGCUGAAAGAAAAUGCAUUUAGUGGGACGGCCUGGGAUUCAGAUGGUUUUAGCCAACUCAAGGUAUUGUGGAUUGAAAGAGUAGAUUUCGAAACUUGGAAAGCUUCAAACCGUUCAUUCCAAAGACUUAAGUACCUUGUUCUUAUAUCUUGUGAUAAGCUUGAGGCUGUGCCAUUUGAGUUUGCCGGUGUGAGUAGCCUUCAUGAGAUGACGCUGGAGAACACAAAGAAGGCCAAUAAAUCUGCAAAAGCUAUAGAAGACAGGAAGACACAGAUGCAGGAACUGAUGCGAAAAGUUGCAGAAAGAAAAUCUGGAACAGAUAGUCAAGCUCCGAGUUUCAAAUUCAAGCUCACUAUAUUCCCCCCUGAAACAGCUGAUUGCAUUGCCACAGAGUGAAGUUGAAAAGGGAGCUGGGAGCUUGGGGUAAUGGAGUAUUUGAUAUGGUGUGCACUUCAUGUUUUUCUGCAGUCCAGUCAUCUGAUGAGGUUGUUCAAUAAAUUAAGAAAACAAGUUUGUCUUUUAUUUAUUCAAGCAUUCUGAACUUUAAAAUUAGUCUGUGUGUGGUUUUGGAGAUGUUAAAUAAAUGUGUUCCACUAUCGGCUUGGAACAGUACCCUUCUAAUUGGGUUCUGUAGCA